CAAAGACUCAGUAGCCAGCCACGAAAAGCAACAACCAGAACUGCAAGACUCCAAUACUCACACAGAUUGUAACCCGCAGACGUUAUCAUCUCAAUCAUCUGCUAUCCACCAUUGCGGGCCAACACCUAAAUAGAUUUUCACCAAUUCCAACACGAGUUCCAGCAAGGAGAUUCGUGGACGAACCUCUCGAAAAAAUCUUAAGUGGCCUUGAACCAGAACAGUCGACAUCUGAUGUGCCGAACCAACCAGUUCCAGCGACCCACAAUAUCAGUGCUCCACGUCCGGACCCUCCACAUCACCUGCAACCUCAACUUCAAGAACUUCACGGAUCUCACCAACUUGAAAAAGAUGCUGACCAGAAUGAUGCUGAUAGGCCUACUGCUGGCCCUAGUAAUCAAACUCAGAGUCCACGGAUAUGAGCUCACGGACUUAACAAAUACAGCUGGAGCAAUCCCAAUUAAAACAAGUAGCGAUGUUUUUUCUAACACAUCUCAUGCACAUAUUCACACUAUAAAUAUAACAGCUCUAGGUUACGAAAUUGACGCACUUUUCCUAAAUGCUAAUUCUCUAACCAACUCUUCUAUCGAUAAAACGCUCCUUCAAACGCUAUUUCAACAUUUCACUUACCUAUCCAAUAAAAUGGAGCAUGUAAAAUCUUAUAAAACGCAAAGUAAACACAAACGAGGUAUUUUCAAUGGUCUAGGUACAGCAAUAUCUUGGAUCACAGGUAACAUGGACGCUAAUGACAAAGAACAUUAUAAUUCAAUUGUCAGAGAAAUAGAAAAUAAUGAACAGAUAAUCCAGAAAAACCUGGACUCACAAAUUAUUUAUAAUCAUAGGUUAACAGACAAAUUUAAUGACAAUAUGAAAAUUAUUCAAAGCAACAACGCUGUUUUACAGGAUUUUUUACUGAAAGCCUCACAUGAAAUCAAUGUCAUUGAACGUCUUCAACAAUAUUCUCUUCUAUUAGCAAGUGUGUCUCUUCUUGAGCUUCAUGUAAAUGAUAUUGUGGAAAGUCUGGAAUUUUGUAAAAAGAAUAUUCUACAUUCUAGUAUUUUAUCUCGCUCAGAAAUAUCUUCAAUAGUUUUAAAUACUCCCGAUAAUUUGGCAUCACGAGACGCUUCUGUGCUAAGGCAGAUCUCAAACGUGCAUUGCGCACUUGGUAAUGAUUUAUUGACUUACUUCAUUCAAAUUCUUAUUGAAACCUUGUUAUUAGAUUCUUAUUUUAUUAUUUCGUAUCCAAUUACGCCCAACGCAAAACUGACAGAUUACAGAGAGUAUACAAUGAAAAUCAACAAAUCUAUUGUAUCCUAUUGUAAAGGCGAAUUGUAUGUUCUAAACGAUUGUGUUUUAAUCUCUAAUACUAGGUAUUGUAAUAAGCUUGAUAGGUUAGAUGAUCCAUGUAUUUUAGAUUUAUUUAGUAAUAAUGAAUUGAAAAAUUGUGAAUUAAUCUCUUUGCAAGCGACUUGUGGUUUUGUAAAAUAUAUUGAUAGCAUUAGUAGUUACUUAAUCUAUAAGAACAAUAAUGUACGAUUGUGUGUUAAUGGUAGUGAACAAUUGAUUAAUUUGCAUAGUACUUCACUCUUACAUGUUACGUUAAAUGAAAAAAUGUGUGGCUUCAAUACUCCAACAGUUUACAAGGACACUUCACCACUUGUUAUUUCAAAAUUUCCGGCUCACCUGAAACAACUUGAUGUUAAAUUCGAUACAGUUCAUUUAGCGAACCUAGGAGAUAUUUAUUAA